AUGAUGAGUACAAAAUGGCUUAGCAAGAGGUUGCAAAACUCACUGAAAACUAAUCCUAAGUUGAAGCUAAAGGAUAUAAAGGAGAAGGCUCAAAAGAAAUGGAUUGUGGGGGUUAAUAAGACAAAGGCAAUUAGAGCCAAAUUUGCAACUAGGGAUAUGGUUGAUGGCUCAUUUUUAGGAAACUACACAAGAAUAUAUGAUUAUUGCCAUGAAGUUCUAAGGACAAAUCCUGGUUCAACUGUGAAGUUAAAUGUGACACCAGUGCAAGAAAAUGUUGAGGACAAGAGGCCUUAUUUCAAGAGGUUAUAUAUUUGCUAUGCUGCUUGCAAAAAAUGUUUCAAAUUGUGUAGACCUAUUAUUGGUCUAGAUGGAUGCUUCUUAAAGGGACUUAGUGGAGGUCAGAUUUUGGCAGCCAUAGGUACAGACCCCAAUGACCAGAUGUUACCUAUUUCUUUUGCUGUGGUGGAAGGGGAAACUAAAGAUAGUUGGUCUUGGUUCUUGGAACUCCUCAUUGAUGAUCUAGGUGGUAGAGAAGAAUGUAGAACAUAUACAUUCAUUUCUGAUCAGCAAAAGGGUCUUCUUCCUGCAAUGGAUGAAUUACUACCAAAUGUUGAACAAAGGUUUUGUGUAAGACACUUAUACAAUAAUUUCCGGAAAAAGUAUCCAGGAAAACUGUUGAAGGAGAUCAUUUGGAAGGCUGCAAGGGCUACUUAUCUGAUGUCAUAUGAAUUUAUUUUUGAAGUAAGGCACAUUGAGCAUCAAGGUGACAUUUUUGGGGUAAACCUAAAGGACCAUGAUUGCUCAUGCAGAAAAUGGCAACUGACAGGUCUUCCUUGUGUACAUGCUCUGUCUGCAAUGAAGAGUAGAAGCUUGACUUUUGAUGAUUACAUACCAGAAAUAUAUAAAAAGGCAAGAUAUAUAUCUGUGUAUGAACCUAUCAUUUAUCCUGUAAAUGGGACAAAUUUGUGGGUUAGAACAGAGUACCCAGACGUGCAGCCACCAAAAUUCAAAAAAAUGCCAGGAAGACCAAAGAAGAAGAGGAACCGUGAGCAGGGUGAAAUUGAUGGGUCAGAUAGGAAAAUGAGAAAAACUGGCAUGGUGCUUAGAUGUACAAGGUGCAGACAGACUGGACACAAUAAGUCCACUUGUAAGAUGACACCACCUACUCAAGCAAGUCAGCCAAGGGCACAACCCACUCCAACACAAGCAAGUCAGCCAGGGGCACAACCCACUCCAACACAAGCAAGUCAGUCAAGGGCACAAACCACUCCAACUCAAACAAGUUAA